UUGAAAAUUCCCAAACCCUCGUGGGCAUCUCCCAGUCCCCACAAUCUCUGUGUGGGAUAAAACAGCGCCGGCCGGCAACCAUUUCACAGGAAUCACAGCGAUCCUUCCAAAUCCAUCCUCCCAGCAUAUUUCUCCAUGUCCACUCUCCUCAACCUCGCUUCCAACCCCUUCUUCCCGCUCCUGGCCCUACCGCUCCUCUACUGGACUUUCAUCCGCCCCCGCCCGCCGCCCCAGCCCAAGGAAACCAACCUCGUCGUCUACGUGCACGACCACUUCACCGGCCACGACGCUUCCGCCAUCACGGUGGCCGGAAAACACGGGGCGGCCUCCAGCAUCCUGCAGUUCGGAACGGUCGCCGCCGUUGACGAUCCUGUGACCGAAGGUCCAGAUCCGAAGUCAAAGCAGAUCGGGAGGGCGCAAGGGUUGUACAUCAACUCUCAGUUGGACGGGAAAGCGCUCUACAUGGCGUUCUCCGUGAUCUUCACGGAGGGGGAAUUCAAAGGGAGCAGUUUAGAGAUACAAGGAGCGGAUGUGUUCGCGAUGAAGGAGAGAGAGUUUUCGGUGGUUUCAGGGACUGGUUGUUUUAGGUUUGUGAGGGGGUUUGGGAUUAUGAGUACUGAGUUUCUGGACAUUGCCAGUUUGAGAGCCAUUAUCAAGCUCAAUGUAACAGUGAAGCACUACUGAUAUUGAAGAUCUAUCUUAAUUUCUCAA